AUGGAUAGUGACACAAUAUUAGCGAAGAUGCUGGACGCAGUAAUCGUAAGUGCUGGCUUCUCAGGAAUUUACAUGUUGUACCGCUUACGUGAAUAUGGUUUUUCAGCAAAGGUGCUUGAAGCUGGUGAUGGUAUUGGUGGUACAUGGUAUUGGAAUCGUUACCCGGGUGCACGUUGUGAUAUUGAAAGUAUGCAAUACUCCUAUUCAUUUUCGGAAGAAUUACAACAAAAAUGGAAAUGGUCGGAAGUAUUUUCUUCUCAGCCAGAGAUCUUGAGUUAUCUCAAUUAUGUUGUGGAUGAAUUUGAUCUUCGUAAAGAUAUUCAACUCGCUACUCGAACAAAUCAAGGAGAUCAAAUUGUCGCCAAGUUUUGCAUAAUGGCCACUGGUUGUCUCUCGACAGCUCGUGUUCCACAAAUCAAAGGACUUGAUACUUUCAACGGUCAGCAAUAUCAUACAGGCCGAUGGCCACAUACAAAUAUUUGCUUUAAUGGACGUCAUGUGGCCGUUAUUGGGACCGGCUCUUCUGGCAUACAAUCGAUUCCGGUUAUCGCCGAACAAGCAGAUCAUGUCUUUGUCUUUCAACGUACUCCAAAUUUCAGUAUUUCAUUUCGCAAUGGAUCCCUCAAAGCCGAAUACGAACAAUGGUGGAAAUCGAAUUAUGCAGAGUACCGACGACAGAUGUCCGAGUCACCCCUUGGGUUUUUGGCCAAAGACAAAAGAAAUAUCUCAGCAAUGGCUAUCGCACCAUAG